AUGCCACUGCCGGGCAAGGUGCUUCACAGUAAUACGCAGUGCUUCACAACAACAAUCAUCCUUUGCUCGCCAUUCAUCGCCGUUUAUCGCCUUUACCUUUUAAUAUCCAUCUUUUGCUCGCCGUUCAUCGCCUUCGUCUUCCAAUAUCCUGUCUUCAUCUCAAUCGAUCUCGCCCUCGCUCGUCCUUCGACAUCCAGUUCAACCGCUCUCGCCCUCGCCUUCACCAUCAACCUCUUCAGGUCCCACUUAGUAUCACCGCGUCCAGUGCCUCCACCAUCAGCCAAUAACUCUUGUUCAUCCAGGCAACGAACAGCACCCCUCUCGCCCAUUCCAGCCACAUCAGUAAAACCAACCUCAAUCUGA